GACUAUUUAACGAAUUUUGGCUACAUGCCCAAGUCGGCAGAUGGCGCGUUUGCUUUGAGGACAGAGGAAUCGAUACGGAGUGCUAUCAAAGAGAUGCAGGAAUUUGCUGGAGUUCCCGUUACUGGAAAGCUAGAUGCCAGGACGAUGAAACUGAUGAAAACGCCCAGAUGCGGCUUACCCGACAAAGAAAUCGGACUUACAUCAGGCAGGCGGAAAAGAUACUCAAUUCACGGCAUGAAGUGGCCUUAUACGGACCUAACUUGGAGGUGAGUUUAUUUUGAUAUG